AUGGUGGUGCUUCGGGAAAGGACAAUGAGAAGGAGAGAAUGGCGGAAAAAAGAAGAAGAUAAUGAUAUUGACUACUAUACUCCCUUUUAUGAUCUGCCUGCUCCUCUCUACCAGAAAACCUCCGAAGGAAAACCAUUCGUCGAACUCCUCCAAGAAAAUGGCGUCGUUCCCGACAUCAAAGUCGACAAAGGAACUGUCAAAUUAGCCGGUACUGACGGAGAAACAACAACUGAAGGCUUUGACUCGCUUGCCACUCGCUGCCAGCAAUACUACAAGGCCGACGCUCGAUUUUUCAAGUAUCGUUCAGUUCUAAAGAUUGGUCCGACUGAGCCGUCGGAGUUGGCUAUUCAGCAGUGA